AUGGGAAACGAAACUUACUUAAACACAGCGGCGAGAUACAUUGAAACCCAACAAUUGACCUCAAAAUGUCAACAUUUAUUACGAUACCUGGACAGCGAUGGAUGGUGUAAAAAAUGUACAAUGAAAUCUGUAUCCAGCGGUCAUUUGGGAAUCGAUAAAUUUAUCAAACGAACUCAAAGCAAAGCAAAUAAUUGUAGGCUUGAUGGUUUUACUAUGACACGUAAAAGUCGAAUGCAAUGCCCGCGUAGCGAUGCGAUCACCGUGGCGCUUAAACGCAUUAAAGAUUCUCAAGAAAUGACCGAUGGUUAUAUUAAACGGUUAAAAUCUUAUUAUCGAUGUAGUUUGUCUUCAAAAAAAAGGGAACAAUCUUCGUUGAAAUUUUAUGGUUUAACUCGUGAUCCAUCUAACGGAGAGUAUAUGUUGGUCAUUCAAUAUACGGCACAUGGAAAUUUACGUACUUUAUUAAAUACGAACUUUUCUUCAUUUCAAUGGUCCGAAAAAAUUUGGUGGCUUUGUGAUAUAGCUUCAAGUUUGCUCACCAUUCAUAAAUCUGGUCACGUUCAUGGUAAUAUUCAUCCGGGAAAUAUUUUACAAUUGGGAAUUAAUCAAAGAGAAACUUCAUUAGCAUUAGAUUGUUGUAAUACGAAUCCCUCAUCACGUCCAAAUGCUAAAGAAUUAUUAUAUGUUUUUAGUGAUUGGUGGAAAUGCAUCAAUAAUACUGGUGAUAAAUUAUAUCAAGUACAAAAGGCUUUUAUGGACGCUGAUGAGGUUUUACCAAUGUUGGAACUUGUCAAGAUGAAUACUCGCGUAAAAAAUUCGGAUGCUUUUUAUACUAAUCAAAUCCGUAAACUGAUCAUGCCCAAUAAGGAAAUAUACAUGUUCUGCAAGGAUCAUGAAGAUCCCAGAGGUAGGUCCCAGCGCCGGCAUAAACCGACUCUUGGGAUAUAG